CAGAAAGUUGUUUAAAUUUAAGUAUGCCGAGUGCAAAGAAACAUAGAAGACAAACUUUAAAUUACAAACAGAACAAGAAAAGAUUAUGGAAAAAAGUGAAACGAAAAACUGAAGUUCAUAUCCCAUGCAAGCAGAUCAAGGGGUCUUGGGAUUCUACAAAAAGCAUGAAACAGAAUUUAAGUGAAAUGGGAAUUGCUGUAGAUCCAAAUGCUGUGAUGCCACUCCCAAAGCCAAACUUGGUGUUUCCAACUUUAAUUACAGACAUAGAAAGGGAAAAGAAAAAGCCUGGGAUCCAGAAACCUAAUGUUGUUAAAGAAAUGGAAGUGGAAGCUGAUCUUGGAGAGAGAGAAAAGAAAUUUCAACUUCCAGUUGAUGAUGUUUUCUUCUGUACUUACAUGUUGGAUAAAUAUAAGGAAGAUUAUAAGGCCAUGGCACGAGACAGCAGAAAUGCUUACCAACUUACCCCAAAACAAGUUCGCAACAAGAUACGAGAAUUCAAACGAUCAAAACUACAAUACCAGAAAUACUUGGAUAGCAAACAAGAUAAAACUGUUAAUAAAGAUAGCAUGGAAACGUGAUAGGAAGUAAACUGGAUGGAAUGGUUUCUACAAUACAUAUGUUUUUGUUUAUGGUGGAAUCCUUAUGAAAUCCUGUAUAAGUGUUGAGAUGCUGAUGUCUUAACCACCAUUUGAGUUUUAUAUGUUGCUACUCUGUGUCCUUGUCUUUUAAACUUUUUGCAACGCGACUCCAUAUUAAAAUAGUCUAGAAACUUCACACAACA